UAAAAAUUGCAGUGAUAUGAAACACGGCAGGAAAUACAGAAACGAACAGCUCAACAACUCAAAGCACUUUCUUCUUCUUCCUUCCAACUCCUCUCACCGUCGCAAUUCGCAGAGUGAUCUCUUCAACGAACUUCAAAGUCUCCAUCUUUAUGUCGUUUUGGUAGUACCCACGAUGCGCCAAUUCCUUCAAUCCCCAUCGCAAUCGCCCGCAGCUUCUCCUCAGCCCCAACCCGGCGUCAGCACCCGCCUCCCCCACCCUAUCGCCGCCGCCUCCGCCACCACCGCCUUCUCUCUCCUCCUCUUCCUCGUAGUCUGCUUCCGAAAAAUUACCCGGAAGCGGACCACCCCGGAAUCCGACUCCAAGCCCCCCCACCGCUUCUCCUACUCCGUCCUCCGCCGCGCGACCGACUCCUUCUCCCCCACCCGCCGUCUCGGCCAAGGCGGCUCCGGGUCCGUGUUUUUCGGCACCAUCCCUCACACCCGACAAGAUGUCGCCGUCAAGCUCAUGGACUCCGGCUCGCUACAGAGCGAGCGCGAGUUCCAGAACGAGCUCUUUUUAGCCUCUAAGCUCGAUUCUUCGCUCGUCGUCUCGGUCCUCGGAUUCUCCUCCGACCCGAAACGGCGGCGUAUGGUGCUGGUGUACGAGUUUAUGAGCAACGGUAAUUUGCAGGACGCGCUGCUGAAGAGGAAGUGCCCCGAAUUGAUGGAGUGGAGAAAAAGGUUUUCGAUUGCCGUUGAUGUAGCGAAAGGGCUGAGAUAUCUUCAUGGGUUGGACCCACCGUUAAUUCACGGCGAUGUGAAGCCGAGUAAUGUGCUACUGAACGGCGGCUUCGCUGCCAAGAUCGCCGAUUUCGGGCUCGCUAGGCUGAAAUCGGAGGAUCAGGUUGUGAUUGAUAUUGAUGACGUGCCGAAGAAGGAGGAGCUUGAGAGCAAUGGCGGGUGCGACUAUGGGUCGGUGGUGGAGGAAACUGAGAGUGUGACCACAGCUGGGUUUGAUGAUUUGAACGUGGGUGUUGAUCAGUCGCCGGUGGAUUUAGCGAAGGGUCCUGUUUCGCCGGAGACUUCGGUGACACCACCGUCCCCGGUGUCUCCAGAGGGGAAUUUGGAGGAGGGAGGGAAGCAGAGGGUAAAUAAAGAUUGGUGGUGGAGGCAGGACAGUGGAGUGAAGGACUAUGUAAUGGAGUGGAUUGGGAAUGAGAUUGGGAAUGAUAGGCCAAUUGGAACUACUGCCUCCGGUUCGAGUAGUGAAACGGGGAAAGUUAAGAAGAAGAGGAAGAACAAGAGGAGAUUGGAAUGGUGGGUGUCGAUGGACGAGGAAAAGAAUGCGAAGAAAUCGAAUAAGGAGAGGAAAAGGCCUGCCAGGGAAUGGUGGAAGGAGGAGUACUGUGAUGAGCUUGCAAAGAAGAAGAAAAAGAAGGACAAGAAGCAACCGAAAGGAAUGAGCUUUGACGACAAUGAUGACAAUUGGUGGUCACGCGAUGAGGAAUUGUACGCGGAGAGUAAGAAGAAGAUCAAGAAGAGGAGUAGGAGCAAGAGUUGGGGGAGUGUGAGUAGUAUUGAUUGGUGGUUAGACGGAAUGCGGCGUAAUGGUAGCCAUGAUUCCGGGGAGAUUCCAAAGAGUGGCGCCAUGAGUAGUACUCCGAGCAUGAGAGGGACUGUGUGUUAUGUUGCCCCUGAAUACGGUGAUGGUGGUGAUCCGUCUGAGAAGUGGGAUGUCUAUAGUUUUGGAAUUUUUUUAUUGGUUCUUAUAGCCGGAAGGCGCCCACUUGAGGUCACAAAUUCGCCCCUGUCCGAAUUCCAAAGGGCAAAUCUGUUAUCGUGGGCGCGCCAUCUUGCCCGCUCAGGGAAGCUUGUUGAUCUCGUUGAUAAAUCCAUUCAGUCUUUGGAUCAAGAACAAGCGAUCCUUUGCAUUACCGUGGCUUUGGUUUGCUUGCAAAAAGUGCCUUCUCGCCGCCCCUCGAUGAAGGAGGUUGUGGGGAUGCUGACUGGUGAGUUGGAGCCACCCAAACUACCGCGUGAGUUAUCCACUUCAGCUAAGUCACGCUUCCCAUUUAAGUCUCAGACGAAUGUCCGGUAUGCUUGUUGAUGAUGAUUCUUUUAGCUUGAAUGUACAAAUCAAAGAUUCUGCUUAUAACUUCACCCCGUAGCUGGUUCGUUGCGAAUACAGAUAUACAGGUCAACUGACUCAACUCAACCUUUGCCAGCUUGAAGCCUAGAAUUUGAUAUUUUAACGUAUAAAGACUUUACGGUGAAGGUCUGUCUACUAAAAACAAUUUAUUACAGGUAGAGUUUGUUACAAGCAGAAGUGAUAUGUAUAGCCUGUGAGUCAUUUGUGCUACUAAUUAUUUGUUCACUUGCUCAUCUUAUGAUUGAGCUUUGUCACCAUGCGCACAUGAUGCUUGCAGUUACAAACAACUCCUUGUAGAAUAGUUUAGUAUACUUCCCAUGGCAUUUAUACAGAUCAUUGAUAACAUUUCACAUGCAUACAGAGAAAGAUGACUUUUUAGCCAAAAUGGUCCUCAAGAUUGACAUAACUCCUCAUUUUGGUCCUUGAGAUUGAAAAUCAAUAGAAGGGUCCCUGAGUUUGUCGACUGUCAAUCAUUUUGGUCAUUCCGUAAAAAUCUCCGUUAAAUAGAGGGUAUUUGUGUCAAAUCAACCCAUCCAUGUGCUUUUCCAUUUAACAGAGAUUUUUUCACGGAAGGACCAAAAUGAUUGACGGUGGACAAACUCAGGAACCAAAGUGAGGAGUUAUGUCAAUUUCAGGGACCAUUUUGACUAAAACCCCGAGAAAGAUUGAUGCUUACAUUUUUAAGAAACCAUAGUUAACUUAAUUUUGUGUUGCUUAAUAAGAAUUGUUUUAGCAUUUCAUCUGAAUUGUAUAUGUUCCUAUUUGCAAUUUUUUCAAGUAAGCUCGGUGGCUUCUGAUUUGUGGUCAAGUAAGUAGCUAAAAUAAGAGAAAAGGAUAUGAAAUAUGUGGGGAAGGGGUUUAGAGUUGAGCAGGUUUGGAGGGUUCUCUCCGUCUUCCGACCAUGAGCAGGUUUCCGACUACGCUGUCAUCUCGAAUGUCUCAUGUAUAAGUAUCGACAGAUCUGAGGUGCUUUGUGAAGCUAAUAACAUGGAUCUGCAAAGUGGGAUUCUGUCUUUGGUAAAUGUUAGCCAAGGAAGCUCUCUGAGAGGCCAUGGAUGGACUUGCUGAUGACUCGCAGCGAAGAACCGAUAUAAUUGAUGGCAGGGAAAGAAACUGGAAGCAAUGAACAUUUAUGUCAUUUGAACAUGUUUUAUUGAUGGCAGGGAAACCAAUUCAUACAAUUCUGUAAUUUUUGUGUUUCAAAUAUCAAUAUAAUGAGAAAUAUAAUUUUCUUUCGUUCAGUGUUA